AGUAUUUUAGAAAAAUUUCUAGAAGUGGAGGAUUUUUUGUUUUUGAACGAAGUAAUUCAAAAGGACUUCCCGACAGACCCAUCAAAAUUUAAUAAACAAAUCUAUGAAGAAGCACUUCAAUUAAUAAAUAUCCAAAAUGAAAAUUCUAUCCAGAUAAUUUUUCACUUAUUUACAAAUAUAAUUUGUUUUAUUAUUCUAAAUGGUUUUGCUAAUUGGCGUAAUGAAAACCCCCUUAGUAUUCUGAACUCUUGGUUGCAAAAAUUCUUAUUUAAUUUAAGUGAUACAGUAAAAGUAUUUUUCCUUCUUCUAUUCACGGAUUUUUUUUUUGGAUAUCAUUCAACUCGCGGUUGGGAAUUCACCAUUGGAUUUCUCUACGACUCUUUUGGAUUUGGUCAUAAUGAUCAAAUAAUAUCCUGUCUUGUUUGCAUCAUUCCGGUCAGUCUUGAUAUCGGUUUUAAGUAUUUUCUUUUCCUCUAUUUAAACCGCGUCUCUCCGUCACUUCUAAUUAUUUAUAAUUCAAUAGGUGAAGUUAUAUGAAGCUUAGAUUCUUCAUUUUUUCUAUUUUAAUCCUGCUUGGUUAUUUUAUAAAAUUUAGAAAAUCUAGAUGAAUUUUUUAUUUGAGCAACUGGCCGAAUCGUGGUUAUAGUAGACUAGAUGAGCGACCGAACUCGUUUGAUUUUAUUGAUUUUGGAAUCCACAAUUGGCCGAUGCACACUAAAAAUCUUUUUUAUUCGAGAACUCAACAGAUUACUCAAUAUCUUUCGGCAUUGCUUAUGAUGGUUAUCCUAACUCGGACAUCUAUUUCAAGUGCCUAUCCCCUUUUUGCACAACAGGGUUAUGAAAAUCCAAGAGAAGCAACUGGUCGUAUUGUCUGUGCUAAUUGCCAUUUGGCGAAUAAGCCUGUGAAUAUUGAGGUACCCCAAGCGAUACUUCCUGAUACUGUAUUUGAGGCCGUUGUGCAAAUCCCAUAUGAUCUCCAACUUAAACAAGUUCUUUCUAAUGGAAAAAAGGGUGGUUUGAAUGUGGGGGCGGUUCUUAUUUUACCGGAGGGUUUUGAAUUAGCUCCGCCUGAUCGCAUUUCCCCUGAGCUCAAAGAAAAAAUAGGAAAUUUAUAUUUUCAGAGUUAUCGCCCAAAUAUAAAAAAUAUUUUUGUGGUGGGACCUGUGCCUGGGCAGAAAUAUACAAAAAUAACAUUUCCCAUCCUUUCUCCAAACCCUGCUAAUAAUAGGCGGGCCCACUUUUUAAAAUAUCCUAUAUAUGUAGGUGGAAACAGGGGACGAGGUCAGAUCUAUCCUGAUGGUAGCAAAAGUAACAAUACAGUGUUUAACGCCACAGCAUCCGGUAGGGUUAAAAAAAUAAUACGAAAUCAAAAAGGUGGUUAUGAAAUAAUCAUUAAUGAUGGAUCGGAUAGUAAUGAGGUAGUAAAUCUUCUUCCUCCUGGCCUAGAACCGCUUGUUUCAGAGGGAGAAUCUAUCAAAUUGGAUCAACCAUUAACGAGUAAUCCUAAUGUGUGCGGAUUUGGGCAAGAUGUUGCGGAAGUAGUACUACAAGAUCCAUCACGUGUCCAAAGGGACGAAUUUAAGAACUCACCAUGAUUUGGAUUUGACGGUAAAUUAAAUCAAGGUGAGUUCUUAAAUUUUGAUGUCUAUACCCCCACUUAGCUUAUUUGUAAAUAAUAUCGACUAUAGAGACGAGCCUAAUCCCGAAUAAGAACCAUGAAAAAAAAUACCUAUUAAACUAAUGACAAGAAUACCUGCUAGAGUACCUAUCAUCCAAAGAGGAAUCCUUCCAGUAGUAUCAGUCAUGGAUCCUGCUCUCCCCCACACUUUAUCAAACGGGCAUGCUGUAGCCAUAAACAGUCAUCGAUAAUUAUUAUAUAGGAAACCUUCCGAAUGUGCUAAUGGAAUGCCUAUUAUCUCAUUAUUCUUAAUUGAAAAAAUAAUUUGAGAAUAAAACAGCAAGUACAAAAAUCAGUAGUAACCCCCAGUAUAGACUGGUACGAUUUAAUUCCACGGUUUGUUCAUUUGGGUUUGAUUGUUGUGUCGUAGCUAUAUAAUUUGGAUUCAAUUUAUUUAAACUUCUAUCGUUGGAUGAACUGCAUUGCUGAUAUUGAUCCCAAAAAAAAGACGGUAGGUAUAGCUAGGCCGUGAACAGCCAGCCAUCGUACUGUAAAAAUUGGAUAGGUUCGAUCUAUAGUCAUUGGGACCUCCUACUAAAUUCAUUCUGUUCUUCUAAAGGUUCAAAACGUCCAGUUAUUAAUGGAAUUCCUUGUUGGUUCUCAGUAAAAUAUUCAUUUGGUCUAGGGCUCCCAAACACAUCGUACGCUAAACCGGUGCUAACAAAUAACCAACCCGCAAUGAAUAAUGACGGUAUUGUAAUACUAUGAAUGACCCAAUAUCGAAUACUGGUAAUUAUAUCAGCAAAUGAGCGCUCUCCUGUGUUUCCAGACAUUUUGGACUCCGUAUAUUCGUGUUAAUUAAAAAAUACCAUCUUUGUGAGAUCAUCACCUAAUAAGUCUAAUUCUCCUUUUUUAACGUAGUAAUGUUUAUAUUCAAAUGCCAAAUCUUUUAAAUUUGAGUAUAAAAUGAAAACUCUAUUCAUAAUUCAAUUUCAAUUCCUUUUGGGUGAAUGGUUCGCGAGACAGAUGUUUAAUGAAAUUGAGGUAUUUUUUUUUUUUGAAAUAGUUUUUAAAAAAUAUGCGAAUAACCUAUUUAAAUCAGCCUUAAAUUAUGCCUACUAUAANAAUAUUAUUUUGGUUCCACAUAUAUCAUUUUGUGUAUAGAAAAUAUCUAUAAUAUUUUCUAAAUAUUAUUGGAAAUAUUUUCUAUAGAAAUAUACAAGAUUAUUAUUAUCCCAAAUUUUAAUCUUUAUAUUUUAUACUACUAUAAUCUUUACUAGCAUAAAGAUUGUGGUAGACUCCGGCGUUGUUCGUGUGUCAAAGUUGGAGACCGGACGCUUGAACGGUUACGUUUGCACUUUCAACGCUCUUCCUACGACUUCUUCGUUUUUACCGCUUACGGAGAGAGGUUGAGAGCUUGAAAAACGCAUUGGCAAACAGCGAAGCUUCAUCACAAAUCAUAAAACCUAAGGAAGAAGGCAUGAUGACGCCUAGUGAGAAACCAAAGGCGAUUCCACAAACCUCAUGCCUCAACCUGAGGAAGAAGGCUAAGUCUUGAAGUUCAUACCGAGCCAACGAGAGGACAACGGACAUGAGAAGCUGGAGUGCAUUGAUGAUGAUUACCAUCAUAAGGAACAUGAGAAGCUGGAGUGCAUUGAUGAUGAUUACCAUCAUGAAUAUCUGGAGUGGAUUAAAAUCUAUGGAUUUGCACGCACCAAAAAUCAGAUCGAGUUUUGCAAGUAUUUACUGAAACUUGCCCCCCUCAUGAAGCAAUUAAUAGCACCACAUUGUCGAGUAGAGUGCAAACAUCAAGUGAAUGAAGAAGAGCGUGAAACUGUAAUAAAUGCACUGAAACCAUUUUUAAAGGAUGUGAAACUACUUGUCUUUUAAUUUGAGGAAAUAAACAACUCGUAGGUCUUCCUUUCUUAAGCGAGAUGGUUCUGGUCUGGGAUGGAGGAACUCUUUUGUGUGGAAACGGAACACACUUCUAUAUUAUUUACAUUCAACCAUGUUCUCUACUCACUAGGUACUAAAUUUGUGACAGUUCU